CCGUUUUUUAAGAUCACUUUCUGAGAAGAUCAAAGAUAGGAAUGGAUUUGAGUAAUGAUCUGAAAGACUUAGAAUGGAAGAUGCAAAAACCUGUUUGAAAUUGCGAGAUCACAGUUUUCGCAAGCGUUUUAAUGAUUAUUAUAAGCGAGUGACUUAUGGACAAUGAUGAUCUAUGGACUGUAUUGCUCAGUGAUCAUGCUUCAAAGGGCCUGAAAUGGAAGACGUAAAGGCGCGUUAACGGAAGCAUUUAAUAGCGUCAGAUAUCUUCCAAUCUUUCGCAUCGUUGACAGACACAUGACAUCAGUGUACUAGUGAUCGGGUUUCGCUGAUCCCAGGGAUUGAUGCGAGCGGACUGAUCGCUCUCCAAGGGAGAGACAAGCGCCGGCGAAUUGGUACCAAAGAUGGUCCUGGAGCCUGGAGGCGGUCUGUCCUUUCCGUUGCCUCCCGGCAGCGGUUCCAGUGCCUCCGGAGGAUCUUUGCUGGCCCCGACCAGAUUAUUCCAAAGGACGACGCCUGUGUUUCCUUUUCAUUUGGCAGGAUGGCCGCCACAUCAUCCGGUUUUGGGUCAGGUGCAGAGUCAGGUCCAACAGAGCAUGCAGGCCCAGCAUCAGGCCGCUGCUGCUGCAGUCAGAUUUCUCAGUCAUCAUCAUCCGCAUCAUCCUCAUCCGACGUUGAGCAAUCAUUCCCUGGUACCGGCGAUCACUGGGCAUCAUCCUACUGUACAUCAUCUUCAUCAUGCUGCUGAUCAUGGAGAAGAAGAAGAUGAAAAAAAGGGUUGCGACGGAGAAUCGGAUGAGGGCGGCAACAAGAGGCGAAGAAGCAGGACUAACUUUAACAGUUGGCAGUUGGAAGAAUUGGAGCGAGCCUUCCUGUCGAGUCAUUAUCCUGAUGUCUUUAUGCGAGAAGCACUGGCUGUGAGACUCGAACUAAAAGAGAGCCGCGUGGCAGUAUGGUUCCAAAAUCGAAGGGCAAAGUGGCGGAAGAAAGAACAUACGAAGAAGGGCCCUGGUAGGCCGGCGCAUAAUGCUCAUCCGCAAAGCUGCAGUGGCGAACCAAUCCCACCCGAGGAACUAAGACGGAAAGAGCGUGAAAGGCGACAGAAGAAGUUGCUGAAAGCUCUCGAGAGACAACAGCGGAAGCUCGCUGCGAAAGGCAUAACAGUGGAUUUAUCGACAUUGCGUGCCGAGUGGGAAUCUCGUAGCGAGGCGACAUCGGGUCGUAGUUCUGCGAGCGGUCCUUUGAGCAAUUCGUUCGGCCAACUGGGUCUGAGCAAUGACAGUAAUAACAUAUCCGCGUCCGGUAACGACGCUAACGAAGAGAUCGACGUGGUCGGUGGAUUGGAUUCCUGUAGCGAGAGCGACAGUGAGCGGGUGGACUCGGCGGCCGACGGCUCCGUGGACGGCGAAUGUUUCCCGGCGCUCAACAGUAACGCGAGCGAGAUCAGUGAGCCUCGGAAAAACCCUCCGCAGAAUCCGCCGAUGGAGCACCUGAACCACCAACCCGGUAUCCACCACUGGGGCUUAAGCUUGCUAGAACGACGACGCGAGCUGGUGGGAAUCGGAGCUGGACGUCCACCGACUGGUAAUGGCGCUAGGAAUCUAAUCAGACAGGUCGCUAGUGAGGAAGAAGUCCAAAGCGGCAGCAUCGAUCUCUCGGUAAAGGGUAGGGAGGAGAGAAAGAGGCUGAAUCCGUUCUCCAUCGAUAGUCUAUUGGGGAACAAUCGGACUAGUGCGGCAUCGGAUCGUAGGCCGGCAACGCCGACGUCGCCGACCUCUCCCAUUUCAUCAGCUUGCACAUCGCCAUCUACGACGUAGUGAAUAGGAGCGUGGAGAGAUGCCGAGGUGCGUCAGAUUAAAAAUUGACGAGCAGAAGAACGCGAUCAAAGAGAUGAGGUAACUCCUCGUCGAGAUUACCAGUGACGGUGAAGUGACCAUGUCGGAUGAAUGAAGACUGAAGCGUGCAAAGCGGAACUGGUACUCCUGGUCAUGAAAUUGCGUGGAAGAAUCAGCUACGGUAACAUUCCCAUUUCUACCAGAGUUCGCUUUGAUUGAAAUCGCUAGGUUUAUGAAUAAUCCUCGCGUACUUAUAAACAUUCUCACGUCCAUCGAUGAACGCGCGUCUAGAUUCUUGAUAUCCUGAGAUCUCUGAGAGUAUGCAUAUGAAUUUAAAGUCGAAGAUAAUCGAAGAAAGGAAGAAAAAAUUUAAGUAUAGGCAAAUUGAGUAUUAAAGGGAUGGAAAAUUCAGGUUACAGUCGAUCACAAGUACAUGUAGAUCGCAAUAAAUUACGCAUAUAAUUCUCUUUGGAUCUAGAAGGAUUUUAGGAUCUAAAUUUCGUGCUAUCGGUAUGGACCGGCAAGACUUAUAUCAGUUCGACAUAUCGAAUGCAUGCGUGACCGUUGUAGAUCGAGUGCGUUUGAUUUUGUCCAUUGUGUCUCCUUUCAAAGAACAAAUGGAAAAAUGUGCAAUAAACGCGGACUUUGCUCGCUAGGCGGCUUGUCCGUUUUGAUGUAAGGCAAAAGCGAGAAAGAGAAAGAAAGCGAAAAAUAGAAUGUGCAUGUGUGGGAAUAAAAGAGAAAAAGAGAGAAAGAGAAUUAGAGAGUGAAAAUGAGUGUGUGUGUGUAUAUGUGUUGUGUGUUUGUGAGUGUGUUUGUGCAUAUACGCGUGUAUUUAAUGUAAAUAGUGCGAAGGAGGUCCGUUUUAUUUAAUUUUUCAGUAGUCGAUACUACCCCAGUGUUCGUCGAUCGCGGAUAUUAUUUAAAGCAAUAGGGCGGGGGUUCUCAACUUAUUAUACACUUGCGAUCGGUUCGAUAAAAAUUACCAGAGCAAGCACUCGUUAAUGCUUAGAGUUCUAGAUAAUCAGAGAGGCGACAUUGAAGGGAUAACCUGAUGUCUAUCUAAAGAGUAUGAUUUAAUUGAUAAUCAUAGUAAGAAAACAAUAUUCCAAUAAGCAAGAAACAAAUUGGAACAUCGCAGCAACAUUGCAGUGACGUUGUAAUGUUGCUGUAAUGUUGCUGGAAUAUUCCAAAAUAUUUCUUGUUUAUUAGGAUGGUCAUCACUUUGAUCAUAUAAUUUAGUUAACCAAUCAAUAUCCAUAUUGGAACAAAAGGGCCAAGACAACCUAAUUUAAUUAACUCAACCUGUCACCCUCUAAUAAUUUACAACUCUAAUUAAUACGAGUUAAAUUCUUAUAGGGGAGAUAGACUGGUCAAAUCGAAUAACUUUUUUCAACGUUUUAUUUGUAGUAACGCAGUUACAAAAAUCAAUGAUAUCGAUUAAUUUGACAAAGAGAUUAAAAUAAAUGACGAUAAAACGAAGAUAAAACACUAUUGAGGACCUCUGCGAUAGGAAUUUGUUUGACGUUGUAUAUAAACUUUAAAGAACCCCUAAACGAGCGUGAGUACGUCACAGUUCAAAGAUUUGUUCUCCCAUCCCUGUAAGCAAGGUUGAUCUACAAGCUCGGUUUAUAGUUAGGGGUGAUUAAGAGUUGCCAUACGAUGAUCCGGGAUAUGCGAAAAAUCAGUACCUAUCAUAUAUCCAUUAAAAAUAUAUUAAUUUAUUCUCCCGAC